AACACAAUUUCAACCUUGUUGCAUUGUUUUUUGGGUGCUUGUUUCCUUUUGUUACAGGAAUGAAAAAAAAAGAUUAUCCUUCUUGGUAACUUUUUUUUAUAAACUCUUUUGAAAUGUAUUAACUAUAAUGUUUUUAUUCUCUCAGAUUAUUCAUUUUUGAGCUGUCUGCUCUUAGAGGGCAAACACUUUGCUUCAGCUUUUGUUAGUCCCUAAGUUUUCUUUUGAGUGGUUGUGCGUCACGGGCAAAGUUCACAUUAAUAGGGUGGCUGUCGGGCUGCGAAGGGACUGCCAAGGUCCAUGACACACAGCCUUGUCACUUAGCUCCCGGAAGGAGUUACCUGGAUCGGGUUUAGCAGAUCUGCCUGCCUCCUCUCUGCAGUACCCUUGCAGCCCCGUAAACUAUCUGUGUUCUCCUCGACUAGCGAAGAAAGGUCAGAUUCCCAGACCAUGUCACGACCGGCCCGCCGUCACACCACGCCCCCAGCCCUCCACCAGACCACCAGCGGCGCAGAAACCUCAAGUGCCCCCUAAACCGGCACACCUGCUCACCCUUGGGCAAGACAAGAAACCUAAGAAGAUCCCCCCAGCGCCUUCAAGACCUCUGCCAGCACCCCCUCUUCCACCUAAACCAAAGCUUUGUCCUACACCUCCUUGCCUUGGAGCACCGCCACAGAGAGAGGCUCAGAAGGUUGGACUGCUGAUUGAGAGGUUUGAAAACUCAAGGGUCCCCAUUUUGGGGGUGCUCCCACGUUCGCAGCUUCACCUGUGCCUAAGAAUGGAUCCAUCUCCUGACAUCCAUUCGUCCUGCGGCGCAGACACAACCGCAAAAGCUGCAGAAGAGCCCCCGCUUAUGAGUGAACUUGAACUAGGCCUCUCAGAGAAAAGCAAGGACGUCUCUGAACUCCCCUGCCUGGAGUCUAUGCACAUCAACAACUCGGACAACUGCGUCGAGGACGAAAUCGCACACAGGGUUAAUUGUCUGGAUGAGAAAGACAACGGCUCCUCCUUGAAACUCCUGGACACUCCGAACUCAUCUGAACAGAACGGGAAGAUUCCUAACCGGGACAGCGGCAUUGAUAGCCCGUCUUGCGCUGCAGAGUGUGAGGUGUUUCCCAAUGAGGACGCCAUAGAUGAGGAGGAUCACUAUGACAGCGUCACUGAAACGGAGAGUGUAUCCUGCUGCGUUACCCAGGAAAACAAGCGGGACUCGACCCAGGAUGAGGACAGUGACUUAGACGAGGGGAGCAGCAGCGACAUCCACUCAUUCACAGACACACAGAUCGGGUAUCUGACAGAUGUAAACCCGGAGGCCCAUAAAUGCUCAGAGGCUCAGAAGCUGCUGAACAUCGCCAAAGAGCUCCUCCACACUGAGGAGGCGUAUGUGAAAAGACUCAACCUCCUUGAUCAGGUAUUUUGCACUAAGCUCACAGAGGCUGGAAUCCCUCAGGAAGUCAUUACAGGGAUCUUCUCCAACAUCUCUUCUAUCUACUGUUUCCACGAUAAGUUCCUGCUCCCGGAGCUCAAGACUCGGAUAACUGGAGAAUGGGACUCAAACCCUCGCAUUGGAGACAUCCUCCAGAAACUGGCGCCGUUCAUGAAGAUGUACGGUGAAUAUGUGAAAAACUUUGACCGAGCCAUGGACCUGGUGAACACCUGGACGCAGAGAUCUUCACAGUUCAAGAGCGUCGUUCAGAACAUCCAGAAACAAGAUGUUUGUGGGAACCUGACAUUGCAGCACCACAUGCUGGAGCCAGUCCAGCGCAUUCCUCGUUACGAGCUGCUGCUCAAAGACUACCUGAAAAAGCUGCCGAGUGAUGCUCCUGACCAAAAGGAUGCAGCAAAGGCACUGGAGCUGAUCUCAACUGCAGCCAACCAUUCCAACGCAGCCAUCAGGAAAAUGGAGAAAAUGCACAAGCUGUUGGAGGUUUAUGAAAGGCUUGGAGGAGAGGAAGAUAUAGUCAAUCCAGCCAAUGAGCUCAUCAAAGAAGGGCACAUCAAGAAGAUGUCGGCAAAAAACGGGACGGCACAGGAUCGAUAUCUCUACCUGUUCAACAAUAUGGUGCUAUACUGCGUCCCUAAGCUCAGACUGAUGGGGCAGAAGUUUAGUGUCAGAGAGAGGAUUGACAUUGCUGGCAUGGAGGUUCAAGAGAAUGUGAAGCAAAACCUUCCCCACACAUUUGCCAUCAUUGGUAAACAGCGUUCACUGGAGCUUCAGGCCAGGACAGCGGAGGAGAAAGAAGAUUGGAUACAGGUGAUCAUAGCCACAAUCGAACGGCACAAACAGAACAGCGAAACCUUCAAUAAAGCUUUCAUCAGCUCUUUCUCCCGCGAUGACGACCAUGUGCCAGACUCACCGGGCGUAUGGUUCAACUCAUCCAUCGACUCAGAUGGAGAAAGACUGCAUGAAAGGAAAACCUCAAAGAAAAAAGAGAAAGAAAAACAAACGUGCAAAGGCUGCAAUGAGAGCUUUAAUUUCACCAAGCGAAAGCACCACUGCAAAACGUGUGGAGCGGCCAUCUGUGCAAAGUGUUCAAAGACUUCAGACAACAAAACAAGCAGAGUUUGUCCUGAGUGUUUCGAAGCCAGUCUAACAGUGGAGAAUCACACUGACCAGAGAAGAAAAGCUGCACCAGAGAGACAGCCAUCGCUAACAGCAGAAAACUGCUUGCUGAGUGGCUACCUGCAAGUGCAAGAGAAGGGGAAGAGCUGGACCAAGAUGUGGGUGGCUGUGACUAAAACAGAACCACUGGUGCUGUACCUGCAAAGCAGUGCACAGGACCCCAAGGGGUCACGGGGAGUGCCUCUCCAAGGGUUAGAGGUGAGCCUGGUGCCAUCAGGAACAAAUGACAAGUCAGAUAUCAAGCACAUGUUCCGGCUCAGUCACGCACAGCAAACCUUCCUUCUAAGUGCCCAAGAUGCAGAACUUCAGACCAAGUGGGCGGACAUCCUCUCCAAAGCUGCCCGUGGAGAAACCCCCACAGAGGCACAGAGCAGCCUGACUGAACACAGGAAGAGCCAGUAAUGGCCGCCAGAGGUCCCGCCCGCUUCCCUGUCACCUGUGUAUAGAUCCCACGUUACUUGAAUUCCUUUUACCUUGGCACUUUCCCCCUCCUACUAUGAAAACAGGACUACUCCAUCCUUACAAUGCCACUUCAGUCUCGCCAUCAUAGCGGCACAGCUUUUUGUAGCCCGUUUGUCUAACGUCCAAAACCCCCACCAUGCUGCCGCUUGUCUGAACAUUUUCUCUUCUCAGUGUUUUGAAAAACUUUAUUUGUAAUAAAAGUGAAGAAAGUUCCAAUAAGAUGUUUUUUUAAAGAUGAAGUCCUUGUACAUUAUUCUAUAGUAUUGUGAAGCAUUAACUCUUUAAUGUCCGAUCUUUUCAUUAGUGCAAAAACGUGAGGAUGUAUGUGUUUGAGUGUGAGUACCCUCCAACUUUUUUAAAGUAAUGAAUGUUAGUAAAAGAAGAGGCACCUCUGUGGUGUUUUCACUCCUGCUGGGGACACAGUGGUGGUUCAGACGGUGUUGUACAGUAUGUAUACUAUAGUGUGAUGUAUGGAAAUAGAAAAAAAGACAUUUAACUUAAAAAAGAAAAAAAGACAAAGAAAUGUGUACAUUUGUGGCUGGCCACCUGAUGCUUGCUAAUAUAUCAUCCUUUUUACCCACUGUGUUCUCUUUCUCAUCCAUGUAUUGACACAAACCGCCUUCCCAACACUGAUGUUGGAGUCUGAGAUGUUUAAUUUAAGUCUGAUUCACCAUAUUUCUAUUGCCACCGGUUAUUCUCAAUAUCUAUAGGUGUACACAAAGUAAAUGAACCAUCACUCUUCUUUCCCUUUGGUGAUGUGACAGAAACUAAGUACUGUAAACGUCCUUCUGCCUUGUUUCCUCUUUUCUUCUUCUAUCAGCAUCAGCCUUUAAGCAGAAGUAGCAAAUAAAGUUUGUCAUAUUGUGCAUGUAAACUUCUUCAUAUUUAUAUACCCCACUACUGUAUGAAAAUUUCCCCCCCUGUCAUUUUUAUCCUGAAGAAGUUAUACUUGUUGUACUGUAAGUGGGCAGCGUCACCACUGAGUGUUUUUACACAUGCAUUGUGCACAGUGGGGAAAACUGUCAAUAACAUCAAUAAAACAAAAGGUGGCCCGUUUGGAGCCCAUCUAAGAAGAUCCUC